AUGCUACCAUACUCGUCGUAUGCCGCCGCGUUGGAUCAAAUCCAUAACCUCAAUCAGGAGUUGUCGUUGUUUGCUCAGAAUGGACGGUAUUUUCCGUUGGACACAAAUGCAAAUGGGUUCGGAGCGCCAUACUUCGGAUUAAAUCAGUGGUCGUUGCCGUUUUCAUUUUUGAAGGCUGUCCAUAGACCGGAAAAGCCCCCCUUUUCCUACAUUGCCCUUAUCGCGAUGGCCAUCAGUAGUGCACCCAACCAACGGCUGACGCUCAGUGGAAUCUAUAAAUACAUUAUGGAAAACUUUCCAUACUACCGGGAAAACAAACAGGGCUGGCAAAACUCCAUUCGACACAACCUGUCGCUGAACGAUUGCUUCAUAAAGGUACCCCGGGAUAAAUCAUGCUCAGCCGGUGGUAAAUCUGGUGGCAACGACGAUCCUAGUACGGUUGGUGCUGCUGGUAACGGUAAGGGAAGCUACUGGAUGUUGGACCCGUCCGCCAACGAUAUGUUCGAACAGGGCAACUAUCGACGACGGAGAACGCGUCGCCAGCGAAAUGCGAAAAUUAUCCUGAACGGUCACUUUCAGACAUCACCGUUCUCGGUGGCUUUUUCCGCGUCGUCAACAGCGGCAGUGGCAGCCGCCACAGCAGAAUUCAUUAAAACAACAGCAUCGGUGGACGAUUUUCAUCAUCUGAUAGGCGGCCACAAUUUGGAGGCAAACUGUUACCCCGGGGUACCAGGUGGCCAAUCCAUGCUGUCGCUAUCGGGUACUGCAUUACCUGGUGGUACGGUGCUGGAAACUUCGUCGUCUUCAUGUCAUUCCACGCAAUCGACGUGUUCCCCACCGCUACAAAAUGAGCAGCAACUGAAUCGUCACCAUCAUCGGCUCUACCAGGACCGACAUCAAGAGCAACAAUCAGCUUCAGGUGGUCUGGCCAUUUCGACAAAUGAAAACAUGAAACGAGAUUUUGAUGAAGUAACCGAUAGCGGUAGUUUAACGGGCUUCCCUGUGGCGGACUGUGAAGGAUUCCAGCUGGCAAGCGGCAGAACGCUAGGUGAUUCUACCAGUAAAAAACUCGCGCGGGCUGCAGAUAAUUAUGUAGAUAAUUUUCAAUCGAAUUUCCCUUCUCUGGAUGCAUUCCUGGGCGAACUGAACACGGUUAAGUUAAAAACCUUAACGAACGCCACAGGCAGCCAUUCAGAAGAUGAAAAUCACCGUAACUGGCGCCAGUUUUCCGAUGGGGUCGAGUUUCCAGAAGAGAAUUUUCCUGGUCGAGGAGAUGUAAGCAGCUCGCAGCAGGUAGAACCACAACUGAAUCACAGGCUGGUAAAAUGUGGUAGUAAUUCCGAACCCAGCAUGGGGUCACCAAGUGGCUUUCGAGUAAAAAGCAGUGGAUUAAAGUCGAGUGAUUUUACCAUCGAGAGUAUUAUGCGGAAACAGUGAACAUAUUCUCAAUGCAGAUUAUUCGAACGGAGUGGAGUGAAUUUAGAUAAUUUAAGAGAAGGGAAAUUGUAUAAUAGUUCAUCAAAAUAGACAAAUGAGUAAACUACUAGAUUAGUAAUGUCUGAAUCACUGUAUUCGUUUCUCGUUGGUGGUGCGGUUAUCAUGUUAAGCUUUUGAAGUAACACUUGUCAUAUGUAUAAUUGAAUAAA